GCGCGUGCGCCAGAUGCUGCCCCCUUGUGACGAUGUGCGGAACUACAAGAUGAGAGAUGUGUUGGUGACGUCAUCAGUCCGCGCCACCAGCCGGAAACGUGUGGAGCAGGCGACAGAGCGAAGCGAAGCGGAGUAGAGCGAGGAUCCUCCACGUGAAUCGGUGUGAACAUGGCGUCGGUUCAGGAGCCAGAGGUCCAGUUCGCACAGAGGUUAGCCUCCAAUGAGAGGCCCGUCCGGACCAAGGCCAUGAGGAAACUGAGGAAAUACGUCAGCGUCAGGUCCCAGAAAGCCACAGGUGGCUUCACAGGUGACGAGCUGCUCAAACUGUGGAAGGGUCUCUUCUACUGCCUGUGGAUGCAGGACAAACCGCUGCUGCAGGAGGAGCUGUCGAGCCAGAUCUCCGGCCUGAUCCACUGCUUCCAGGACGUGGACGGACAGUUUUUAUACCUGGAGAGCUCCCUGCAGACCCUGAAGAGAGAGUGGACCGGCAUCGACCGGCUGCGGAUGGACAAGUUUUUCCAGCUGGUUCGCUUCAUGUUCAGGCAGACCUUCGAGCUGCUGAGGAGGAGGAGCUGGGAGAGCAGUGUGGUGUCCCGGUUUCUGGAGCUGCUGAAGGCUCAGAUCCUGCAGGCUGGCAGCGCAGCACCCAGCGGGCUGCAGAUCCACAUCCUGGACCUUUACAUGACUGAACUGGCAGCUGUGGGCUCAGCGGAGCUCACAGCUGAGCAGAACCUGAUCUUCAUCGAGCCCUUCUGCAAGACGGCAGCCAAAACCAAAGACGGGACUCUUUUCAGGUCCAUCUGCAGCAACAUCUUCAGCACGAUUAUCGACCAGGCGCCCUUCGCCAUCGAAGACUUGAUGAAGGAGUUGAAAGCAGCUGAGGCCUCGGACUCGGACUCGGGACAGGUUUCUGAAGAGGACGAGGAAGAAGAAAAACACGGAGAGAAGAAGAAGAGCAAACCAGGCAACAAGAGGAUUAAUGGCAAAAAAUCAAACGAAGAAGACGAAGAGGAUGAGGAUGAUGAGCUGCUUCACUCGGAGGAGUCUGACACAGAGGCGCCGUGUGACGAGGACUUUGGACCGGUCCUUCAGUUUGACUACGCCGCUCUGGCAGACAAGCUGUUCGAGUUAUCCAGUCGGAGCGGCACGCCGAGCCAGAACAGGAAGAGACUCUACCGAAUCGUCAGAGUGCUGCGUGACCUGAGUGAAGGCUCCUUCCCUCAGGACGAGUACCCAGAGGAGGUCUCCACAGAUGAGGACGACGACAUGUUUGGCAGCAGGAAGAGGAUGAAGAGGAGAGGAGGUCACGUGGAGGAGGAGGAGGAGGACGGGGCGCCAGCAUCCAAGAAAAGCAAAGGGAAGAAAAAGGAGGCUUCGGCGCUCGGCAAGCAAAACAAAGACUCGGCAAAAGAUGAACCAGCUGACUUGACCGCAAAUAAUGAAAACAAAAAGAAAAAGAAGAAGAGGAAGAAGAAGAAGAAGAAAGUGCAGGCUGGAGGUGAAAAUGCACAGAAGUCUGAACAGGAACUGAUGGGUGCAGUUGCAGACACUGAAGGUGCACCACAGGAAGCGCUGAUCUCCGUCUCGUCGGUGAAAGAGGGUCAGUCAGAAACUCUGCUCCUCACAGAAGAAACCAGCCAUCCACCCAUCUGCACCACCGCCCACCACGACCGGUCUGACAAGGCCUCAGACAACGGGACAAAGGCCUCAGAACUCAAACCAGCAGUGCAGCAGCAGACUCCUGCACCAGACGGGUCCUCCGGAGCUGCCGCCUCAGAGAAGAAGAAGAAGAAGAAGAACAAGAAGGGCACGAAGUUGCAGACAGACGAGUCGCAAGUCAGUGCAGAAGCAGAGAUUACACCAGUACCAGUACCCGAGACCGAGCCCACCACCCCCGGGAGGAAGAAAAAGAUGAGCCAGAACGGCGAGAGGAAGGUGGAGGACGAAUCGCAGGCUAACGGCGUGAGCGUAGAAGAAGACGGUCCAGCAACUGGACGAGAGAAGCCGACGAGUAAGAAGAGUAAGAAAAAGAAACCCAAGGCUGAUUCACAGGGAGAACCUGAAAUCACAUCAGUUGCGGAGGGGCAGUCAUCAGAUGCCUCCACAGUGCCCAUAGAAAAGAAGAAAGAGACACCUGAAGCUCCACCUGCUGCAGAUGAAAGCACAGAAACCGCACAGAAGAAGAAGAAGAAAAAGAAUCGAGCAGAAUCCAAGACUGCAGCGGCGGAGUCGGAAACCUCUCGGAUGGCUGAUGACAGCGAACCGGUCACCACGACAACACCAGCAAAGAAGAAGAAAAAGAAGUCGUUGGAAGAUCAAACCCCAGUGCAGGAGGCGAAGAAGAAGAAGAGGAAGAUCCCCGUGGUGUUCGAGUUCGAGGCCGAUGAGCUGCAGGCGGCGACAUCCAUCAACGGGCUCGCAGAGGAAGAGGCUGUUGGCAAGAAAACAAAACUGGACAGCGAUGUUGGAGUGUCGGCCACACCUCUGAGCACUAAAAAGUCACAGAAGAAGGCGAAGACGUCUUCGGCGUUGGACUUCAUCACGUUUCAGAGCAACGCUGCAGUCCCAACUCCGCUCUUCUGCAGAACCAAGGGAGGCCCCAGCACCCCGCUGUCCAGCAACAAGAAGAGUCAAACUCCCAAAUCAGAGUCCAAGAAGGUGACCUUCGGUCUCAAGAAUAAUAAGACGGCUGAGUUCAGGAAGUCUGAUCGCAGCCUGCUGGUGAGUCCAGACGGCUCGUCCCGAGUGCCCUUCGACCCCAAGCAGAAACCCAAGUCUGGGGUCUUGAAGUCUCCGGCCACCCCUCUGUCCACCAAGGUCAAGAAGACCCCCGUCGGCAGCAGGAAGACCAGCCUCAGUACUCCGAAGAGUCUGCCGAAAAGACGUCCGGCGGCGGCAGACUUCUUCUGAGCCUCUCUGAACUCUUUAAUGGACUGAUUCCAAACAUCCUGCUUUGGAGACGCACACAGAAGUAUUUUCAUGUUUAUCUGAUGUCAGUGUUGCUUUUUGUCAUUUUGAGUGACUCGCCUUUUAAUAAAGUUACUCAUUCCAGGUUUUCCAAUUCUA